GCUGAAGCAUGUAUAAAACCGGACCAAUGUUAUAGUACAGUACACUGCUACUGAACGUUUUGUUACGUUACUUGUGUGAAAAUUGUGUAAAAUGUUUUCAUUUAUCGCGGUUUCUUGCCUCAUCGUGGCAGCCACAGCAGCACCAUAUGGAGCUGCGAUUGGGGCCAUUUCAACCAUAGAUAGUGUUUCCGUGCCUCGUUACAACUUCAACUACGCUGUAAAUGAUCCCGUAACCGGUGACAACAAGCAGCAAUCAGAAACCCGCGAAGGAGGCUAUGUCAAGGGCUCCUACUCUCUCGCUGAGCCCGACGGCACCAUCAGAAUAGUGGACUACACCGCCGAUCCUGUAUCAGGCUUCAACGCUGUGGUCAGGAGAGUCGGCCACGCGUCACACCCACAAGUUAUCCGACCGGUCGUCACACAAGUCGCCACACCAGUCGUCGAACAAAUCGCUACACCAGUUGUAUCACAAAUCGCGCACGCACCUAUCGCCACACCGGCUGUUGCAACCAGCCAGAUAGGAUACGAAAACGUUGGCUACAGCAACCUCGGUUACGAUAACUAUUUAGGAGGAAAUCUUGGCUACAAUGCUGGAUAUUCUGGAUAUGACUUGGGGUACAGCGGUCAUGGCUCAUGGAACCUAGGUCACGGAAGCUCAUUCGGACAUGGAUACUACAGACGCUAAGACCCCGUACAACUUAGUGAUAAACUAUUGUUUUUUCGCGUAAGCCUAAGGCCAAUUGUGAAUGACCAAUAGUUAUUAAUGGUCCUAAAUUAAAUGUACAUACUGCG